CGAUAGUAGGCUACGUGCUCAUAUUUUAGGUUAACUUUAAAUCAGGUUUCUCAUAGUGACUGAAGUCAGAUUUUACAUGCUGUGCAUUAACACUGUGAACCGUCUCGGACUGGUAACUGAUCCAAGGAGCUAAGAGAGAACACUGUUGUGGAAAAGGUGUCCAGCAAAACAGAUCACGUAGCCUUUAAGGGAUGAAUAUAAUAUGACCAUUCCGAGGAGACGCUAACAGGGGAUGUGACAAUGAGAAUUCCACUGCAUUCCACUUUACUAUUUGUCUCCUACUUUUCCUUCAGCUUCCCAUUAGACCUGCCAAUAAAACCAGAGAAUUUGCAAUGCAUUGCUUUGCAAAAGGGCAAGAGGGUGUCCCCUAAUUUGACAUGUCACUGGGAUCCUGGGGAACAUGCCCCAGACUCUAACACAAGCUAUAUACUCUAUGCACAGUAUAGCGUGGAACCAUACUCAGUUGUCAGUUAUAAAAAACUUGCAAACAACCUCACCGUUGAUUUAGGCAGUUUCCCAAUAUAUAUGGAAACUAAGGUCUGGGUAGAAGUGAAGAAUGAACUGGGCUCUGUGAAUUCAACAGAACUUUUAGCUCAUGCAGAAUGCUUUGUAAAACCAAAUCCACCAUCAAAUGUGAUGUUAAUUCCAGAAGCCAAUUUCUCAAUGUCUUUAAUUGUUAACUGGACCCAUUCAUUUUACUUAAAGCUUAAGUACAACAUAAGAUACUGCCAAGCAGGCAGCAGCGUUUGGAAUGAGGUACCCCAAAGCGCCACUGAGUCAUACAUUGAGUCCUUCAGGCUGCAGUUCCUUCAGCCCUACACUGAUUAUGUGGUUCAGAUGCGCUGCAUUAAUCAGAAGGGCAUCGGUUACUGGAGUGACUGGAGUCCCAAUGCAACAGCUCGCACACCAGAAGCCAAGCCUGAAAGCAAAUCAGAUCUGUGGAGAGUCUAUGAAGAGAAAAAUAAUACAGUGGUGAAGCUGAUUUGGAAGGAUCCUGUGAAAUCCAAUGGAAAAAUAUUAGGAUAUAACAUCACAGUUGAAGAAAAUGGGGUCAGUGCCGAGAGACAUGUUGUCCAUUCCAAAGAGCACCAGUUGCAUAUAAAGGGGGAAAAGAUGUUUAUCAGAAUGACUGCACACAAUUCUGCAGGUGUUUCUCCUGUGGCUUCUUUAGUGGUUCCAAGAUCUAUGCUCCGAGCUGGAGCAGAACAGGUGCGCUGGUCAGUCCGAGAUGGGCAGCUGUGGGUGGACUGGCUCCCACCCUCUGGUUCCAAAUGGCUCUUACGUGUCUUUGAGUAUGUGCUAGAAUGGGUCUCGGUACCUGAAGGAAAAAGGGACUGCAGAAAGUCUUGGCCAAAAAAAAAAUGCCAACUCCUUUUGACUUACCUACUAGGUAACUUUGAGCCAUUUGUACGCUACAAAAUAUCAGUCUCCAUUUAUGGAGUCAAGCAUUCCAACUUGUAUUAUAACCUACCAGGAGACAAGGUCACUGUAGAAGCCUAUCUCAAACAAGGACCUCCUCUACGGGGCCCCUCUGUUGAAGCAACUGAAACACAGAAAACAGUGUUUCACUUGAAAUGGGAGGAGAUACCAGUUACCAGUCAGCGUGGAUUUCUCACCAAUUACACCAUCUUCUAUAAAACAGGAGAUAAUGAGCAAUUUGUUGUUGUUAGGUCUGAGUUCCAUUCACACAAGCUGACCGAACUGGCCAGUGCAAGCCGAUAUGUGGUAUGUGUCAUGGCUUCCAACAUGGAGGGCUCAGUCAACGGCUCUGAGUCCAUUUUGUACACGAAGUAUGAUGUUGGUGAACUCGAAGUGAUGGUGUGCUUGGGCUUCCUGGUCUUUGUUCUUUUUAUAAUGAUCUACUCUCUGAAGAAAAGAGAAUCGAUUAAAAAUCAUUUCUGGCCACACAUUCCAAACCCCUCCCACAGCACCAUUGCUAACUGGUCACCUGACUGUCCCACCAGGGUGAACAUUCUAAAAAUAGCCAAGCUGCCUGAUUUGAGCAUAAUGGAGGUGGGCAUGUUCGAUGGGAAGUCUCUGUGCGAGGAGGACAAGACAGUGCUGCCUCUCAAGAAGGAUAAGUACUUCUCAGAGGAGCACAGCAGUGGCAUUGGGGGCUCCUCCUGCAUGUCCUCCCCACGGCAGAGCGUGUCUGACAACGAUGAGGGCGACUCGUGCCAGACCACCGCCAGUACCAUGCAGUAUUCCUCUGUGGUAGCCAGCGGCUACAAGGGCCAGACCCCCAGCUUGCAGGCCCCUGUCUUUGCCCGUUCCGAGUCCACACAACCCCUCCUGGAGAGCGAGGAGCACCCAGAGCAUCUGCUAGAGGGCAGCCGGCACUGGACAAGCGGCCAAGGCAUAGAGCAGCAACAGAUGCAGGAAGGAAAGUCCAGCUAUAACUCUUUGAACUUCUGUCCAGUGGCAAAGAAGAAAUACACACCCACUCUCACAGAGGACCCACCUGGCCUCACCCCUUGUUACAUGCCACAGCAGAGUGGCC